AAAUUGGACUAUAGGAAUCCAUACUUCUCUAUCGGGCCAAAUUUGUGGCCACCACACUCACCUCGUCGCUCUUCACCAGCAGACUGAAAAACGUUUCACUUUUUUCUCUCUCUUCUCCGCAAAUCUCCAUUGUUGAAGCUCCCCAGCUUUCUCUCUCCUCCGAAAAUGUUCGCUCGUAGGGCGGCCCAACGGCUGUUGGAGAUCCGUCAAGUUUUCCGUCAAUCUCCACAGGCUUCUCGAUCCUUUUCUUCUGCUCUCAACUUCCACCUUGAUACACCGGAUAACAAUCCUAACAAUCAAUGGAAGUUCAGUGAAACAAACAAUCAAAAGGUGAAGGAGAUAUUGUCUUUCUAUCCAACCAACUACAAGCAGUCUGCUGUUAUUCCUUUGCUAGAUCUCGCACAACAGCAGCAUGGGGGCUGGCUACCUGUUUCUGCCAUGAAUGAGGUGGCCAGGAUAAUAGAAGUUGCUCCUAUCCGUGUAUAUGAGGUUGCAACUUUCUACUCGAUGUUCAAUCGAAGCAAGGUGGGAAAAUACCAUCUUUUGGUUUGUGGAACAACACCUUGUAUGAUCCGUGGCUCACGAGAAAUUGAAGAAGCCUUGUUGAAUCAUCUAGGGGUGAAGCGAAAUGAAGUGACAAAGGACGGUCUUUUCUCUGUUGGAGAAAUGGAGUGCAUGGGAUGUUGUGUGAAUGCCCCUAUGAUUACCAUUGCUGACUACUCCAAUGGAUCUGAAGGAUAUACCUACAACUACAUUGAGGAUGUCACUCCAAAGCGUGUUGUGGAGAUUGUUGAGAUGUUGAAGAGGGGAGAGAAGCCACCUCCGGGCACCCAAAAUCCAAACCGAUUCAAGUGUGCUCCAGAAGGAGGACAUAAAACAUUAUUAGGUGAACCAAAGCCUCCUCCAUGCAGAGAUCUCGACGCUUGCUGAGGUGGCAUCUGCACGAUGGAUGCUUCAAAUAACGUGCCAUACACCCGCCUUCGCUCUGAAGAGCUUGUUGUAGCAUUUUUGCUGUAUUGAUGCCCGUUUUUUCCAUUUUAACAUUAUUUAUGGUGCUUUAAUUAUAGAUUUAUUAUCGUUGUUCAAUUCGAUAUGAGCUCUUGUUGACCUACAUUACUGCAUGAGCCCCCAUAAUGGGAAAAGUAACCCUUGUUAUGUACUUUUGGUAUUCCUUGUGGAAAAAAACUCAGAACUAUUGCUAUAAAAGAGCUUGUUGCAAUUAUGCACUACCAGAUUAAA